CAAGACAAGCGCAGUUCGUGGAGCAUUCUAAUCAUUUCCUGGAUGUCCCCAAAAUUGAAGGAAUUGCUCUUCCAUCUGAUACAGACUGCCUCUUAAGAUGUAUGAGGAAUGAUCAUUGUUUCUCCCUUAACGUUGCUGCAUUUUCCCUACCGAACGGAAGUACAUCGUGUGACUUACUUUCUACCGACAAGUACAAUGUAUCUGACAAGUUCAAAGAGGAUCGCACAUCGCAUCACUUCAGCAUCAUGAAUCCUUGUGAAAACUUUCCUUGUCAGCACGGUGGAACAUGCCACGCAAAUUACGAGACAUACGACUACAGCUGUGCUUGUGAGCAAAACUACACUGGGAACAACUGUGAAAUACCGAUUCGUCGAGACUGUUUUUAUCUUCUGAACGCUGGCCACAAUCGGAGUGGAGUGUACUCUGUUGAUCCUGAUGGUAGAGGACACUUCAGUGCUUACUGUGACAUGCACACUGACGGAGGAGGCUGGACCGUGUUUCAGAGAAGACAGGAUGGCUCGGUAGACUUCUAUCGGAAUUGGACCGACUACAAAGUUGGCUUUGGUCAGCUGACUGGUGAAUUCUGGUUAGGAAACGACAAGAUCCACAGGCUGACGGCUGCU